CUCUAGGGGCGGCACGGCGCGCGCGCGGCGGCGUGGAGACGCCGGCCCGCAGGCGCCAUGGUCUUCCUCACCGCGCAGCUCUGGCUGCGGAGCCGCCUCACGGACCGCUACUGGCGGGUCCAGGAGGUGCUGCAGCACGCGCGGCACUUCCGAGGAAGGAAGAAUCGGUGCUACAAGCUGGCGGUGAGAGCCGUGACCAGAGCGUUUGUGAAAUGCACAAAAGCGCGGAGACUCAAGAAGAGGAACAUGCGGACCCUCUGGAUUAAUCGAAUCACAGCUGCCUCCCAGGAACAUGGCCUGAAGUACCCGGCAUUCAUUGUCAAUUUAAUUAAGUGCCAGGUGGAGCUCAACAGGAAAGUACUUGCGGAUCUAGCCAUCUAUGAACCAAAGACUUUUAAAUCUUUGGCUGCUUUGGCCAAAAGGAGGCGACUGGAAGGAUUUGCUGCUGCCCUAGGGGAUGGCAAAGAGCCUGAAGGCAUAUUUUCCAGAGUGGUGCAGCAUCACUGAGGGGGAUUCCAACAUUGCCUGCCCUUUGCAGCUGAAUGUCUUAGGAAAAGUGUUUUUCCCCCUGAUAAUCACAGUGGUUAACAUAGGGGCUAAAAGUUAUGUCACCAUGUGUGUAAGUUUGGUCAGCAAUUAUAUUAGUUUGCAUUUUAGUGACAGGUGUAAGAGAAGGGCUCCUUCUUCCCUUACUGGGACAAAUCUAGAAAUCUUACACAGAUGUGCAAAUAAAGCUCGUGUGGUGUUCA